CAUCCGGAUUCCAGUCGAGAUGGUCAUGGCGGAGGGUGCAGCUGUUAUGAGGAGGAAUCGACCAGGGACUAAAGAAAAGGUACCAGAUUUUAGCAACAUGGUUUAAUUUGAUAUAGUGUGGCGGUAUGCUCAAUGCUCUUGUCUUGCAUUUUACUUGGGCACAUUUGUACCUUUCCUUGACGCCCCGUUUGUCAGCUGUUGGCUUAGUUAACUAGCUAACUUAGCGAGCUACAUACAGCCAGCUGGCUAACCAGUCAAAGUCAGAAGCUAUAAGAAAUGGGUUGGUAAUAGCUAUCAAACGGUGCCUGUUUGUAUUGUCAAUUGUCUGAAGUUAUCUGAAAAUCGAAUCUACAGUUAGCUAACUAUCUAGUAGCUAGCUACCUAGCUCUUAAUCAUGACUAUCAGUGCUAUUACAUUACACAAGUCACUGGACGAAGGCGUCUUCUGUAGGUGGGUGUUUUGUUAAGAGCCGCGACACUCGGUCUGAACAUCAACACGCAUCGUUUGCAGUACGAUUUUGGAAACGUAAGGACCUUAUCUUUCAUAUCGGCGAGAAAUACUGUUUAAAAAAAAGAAGGUUAAAAUGAUUCACACCUUUAAAAGGUUAGGGUACCCACAUGGCCAUAUUUCCAUGUUACAGCGCUUGUUAAGGUCUCUACCUGUGCUAAUUAGCUAUCUCGGCGUCUCUGAACACCUGUGUGUAAACUGAAGACAGGUCACAAAAAAUACUGUCCAUUGCAACUGUGUUAAAACCGGUUGAAGCAGUGGUGGCUGGUGGGAGGAGCUAUAUGAGGACGGGCUCAUUGUAAUGGCUGGAAUUGAACGGCAUCAAACAUAUGGAAACCACAUUUGACUCUGUUCCAUAAAUUCCAUUCCAGCCAUUACAAUGAGCCCAUCCUCAUAUAGCUCCUCCCACCAGCCGCCACUGGUGUACAGUAAGCAUGUAUUUUGCAUUUGUGAAAUUAUUUUGAUGUGACAUGAAAGUAGAGGGAUUUAUGUUUCACGUUUCUAGAACCGUACCGCAAUUGAGAAUGGAUUCACUUUUAGAUGGAGUAUUUGGUUUUUGCUUCCAGAGCCAAUUCGCCCUUUAAACAGAACAUGUAAGGUCCUUGGACUAUAAGGAAUAAAGUUAGGCUUCUUUAGUCCAAUAUUGGGCAAGUAGCUACCUAGUCAUUUACCAGACAGAGAGAAGCUAGCUAGCUAGGUCUUUUUGUCAGCAGAAUCAGUGCAGUUAGUUUGCCCUGCUGAGUUUCUUGUGUGUGCCCACAGGACUUCUACAACUGGCCCGAUGAGUCAUUCGAGGAGAUGGACAGCACACUGGCUGUGCAGCAGGUGAGAGUCAGAUGUCUCCAUUUUAAUGUUUGAAAUAUCUUACUGUUUGAGUCAUUUGAAUGAGGAGACACCGUGGUUCAUUGGAUAAGUCCAAUCAGGCAUUCGACUAGCUAGUGUUGAUCUGUAUGGGCAGCUCUCUGUAAGAUUCUCCAGUAUGGAUUGAGCAGUUGCAUAUAGCUAAUAUAUCAGAAAAAAAUGUAUGGCUAUUCUGCCAUUUGAGUUGCUGAGGUAGAAUGGCUUAGUCGGGUUUUGUAUUUAAUACAGUACUGUUUCUAUCUAAAGUCUAUGUUUGUGGUUCUUCUCAGUACAUCCAACAGAACAUCCGCACAGACUGCUCCAACAUGGACAAGAUCCUGGAGCCCCCAGAGGGCCAGGACGAAGGUGUCUGGAAGUACGAACACCUCAGGUAGUAGCUGACGUUUACCACUUAGAAGAAAGUCAUGUGGCUAUCCAAAAUGUGUACUGGUGCUGAAAACAAAUCCUUCUUUUAACAUUUAGUCCUGUCUCUUGUUCUCCGUUUUAGGCAGUUCUGUUUGGAGCUGAAUGGACUUGCUGUGAAACUACAGGUAUGCCCUUACAAUUGACCACAUAGCUCUUCAGGAAGAUCAUGUUCAACAUCCAUUCUUCUCACACUGUGUUUGUUGGAGUGGUAACUUCUAUGAAGUCUGUUACUAACAUGUACUCUGUCUUCCCACAGGGAGAAUGCCACCCAGACACAUGCACCCAGAUGACGGCAACAGAGCAGUGGAUCUUCCUCUGUGCUGCACACAAGACUCCCAAAGAGGUAAUGUCCACUCUGCCCACAGCAUUUGUAGAGGUGGAUCCCUCAUCCAGUUCUUAACCCCUUUCCCUGGUAUAAGAAUAUAAUAAUAAUAUAUACCAUUUAGCAGACACUUUUAUCCAAAGCGACUUAGUCAUGUAUACAUUUUUCGUUUUCAAGUAAGCAUUUUGUUGGACUGUGUAUACCAGUGUAUCCUGUACAUAUGACAAAUAGACAAACUUGUAACUUGGGUGGCCCCAGUGGGAAUCCAACCCACGACCCUUGGCGUUGCAAGCACCAUGCUCUACCCACUGAGCCACACAGGACUACGAGAUAGUCACAUUCACCAUGCCAGAACUAAUAACAACAUUAUACUCAUUAUUGUAUCAUGGCUGGUACUCAAGCCUGUUGUUCUGUUUGCAGUGUCCAGCCAUCGACUACACCAGACACACCCUGGACGGAGCCGCCUGCCUCCUCAACAGUAACAAGUACUUCCCUAGCAGGUAACAACUGUUUACUAUGUUCCUAUGUGUCCUGUGACAUUUCACUUUCUCAUUAACCCCCAGCACCCUUCGCACAGAAAUCAGAAGAAUUUGUUAUCGAACACCGUUUCAUCCAAAUGUUCAUUCGCAUCAGACUGAUUUAUGCACCUACCUACAUUUGCUGUAAGCGUUGUAAUAAAGUUUCAGUCUAUAGACUUGUAAUCUGAUUUGGUCUCUGUUCUAUGGUAGAGUGAGCAUUAAAGAAUCCUCAGUAGGGAAACUGGGUUCAGUUUGUCGGCGGAUCUACAGGAUCUUCUCCCAUGCUUACUUCCACCAUCGUCAGAUCUUUGACAAGUAUGAGGUAAGCAGUGAGAUUCCAUUUUCUAGGACUGUCUUUAUUCCUGUGAAUAGUGUAUUGUAAUUACACAUGUACUUAAAGCACUAACCCUAACAUAGCCCUAAGGCUGGAAUUCAAUCUGAUCCCGCGCUGUCCAAUGUUCCAGCGGUUGCGGAGAUCGCAUUCACGGUUAAUGCUGCGUAUGUCGGCUCAAUGGGAAAUUACCUUUACAUGUUAAGCGUGCUACAAUGCGUGAUCAGAUUGAAUCCCAUCCUAACUGUUACCCCAACAGGUUUCACAUAGAUUCAGCUGUGAUUGUGAUGAUACUUGACUCUGGUGUAUUGAUUACAUUUUACAUUUACAUUUUAGUCAUUUAGCAGACGCUCUUAUCCAGAGCGACUUACAGUUAGUGAGUGCAUACAUUUUUUUUUUUCAUACUGGUCCCCCGUGGGAAACGAACGCACAACCCUGGCGUUGCAAACGCCAUGCUCUACCAACUGAGCUACAUGGGACUGUAGCUACCAGUGAUUACAGUUUAACUAGCAUUGGGUUUAGAAACGUUAAGGUUGUUUAGGAUUUUAUAAAAACUCAAGCGAAUGCUCUUGCCCUCUCCAGAACGAGACAUUCCUGUGCCAUCGGUUCACGCGCUUCGUGAUGAAGUACAACCUGAUGUCCAAGGACAACCUGAUUGUACCCAUCAUGGAGGAUGAGACUAACCCUAAUGAAGCAGAGGGCGAGAGCGACGCCUGA